AUGGCGGAGGGAACAACAGCUGGCACUGAGCAAAAAUCAGGAAAUUAUAAGACAGUCGCCAAAUGCAGGCCCGUACUUGUCCAGGGAUUAAACGCAACUAAAACUGCAAUUUGCCUUUCUUGCACAAUCUUCUCUACAAAAGUCGACGAUGAGAAAGUUUUUGGUCAUUGCAAACCCUUUCGCUUGCUCCAAAUGGCAAGCCAAACGUAUUACCAGAAACUCUUAAUCAACCAUCGAUAUGAUCUUCGCAAAAAGGAGCACGGGCCUCGGGCCUUCAUAAAAAUGAUCGUCCAUCCUCUAGUCGCACCCUUGUCCUUGCACAUUACCUGCAGAUGUGGAAUCUUUAGCGUCGUGGAAAGGAAACUUCAACAUUUUCAGCUUUCUGUUGUUCUGCUUUACGUCAGUCAGAAUCAGUGUGUCCACUCUUCAGGGAAAAUCCCAAAUUUUGGGAUAUUUGAAGUAAACGGGGAAUGAAAUGGGAAAACGGGAAAUAUCGGGAAAAAUCAUUUCUUGGUGGGAAUU